GUGACGCGGCGCGGCGCGGGGUUGGCGCCAUGAGGCUGAAGCUGAAGAACGUUUUCGUCGUUUACUUCGUGUUGUCGGUGCUCGGGCUGUGGUACACGGUGUGGGAGCUGGGGCGGCCAUGCGACUGCACGGCGCAGCUGAAGUCCGCGGGCGAGCUGACGCGGCAAUGGGAGCAGAGGGUGAAGCGGCUGCAGGAGCAGCUUAAGGUCGAGCGCGAGGCGGUCAAUGACGGGAAGACCCUGCCCAUGAUCUACGCCAUCACCCCCACCUACGCCAGGUGGGUGCAGAAGGCAGAGCUGGUGCGCCUGUCGCAGACCUUCCGCCACCUGAAGCAAUUCCACUGGAUCGUGGUGGAGGAUGCGGACGCACCAUCCACGUUGGUGGCCGAGCUGCUGGCGCAGAGCGGCCUGCGCUACACCCACCUCAGCGCCCCCACGCCUGACCUCUACAAGCUGAGGGGGCAGGACCCCAGCUGGCUGAAGCCGCGAGGCGUGGAGCAGAGGAACCGGGGCAUCCAGUGGCUGCGGGAGAACCGGGAGCUCAGCGAGGAGGCAGUGGUCUACUUCGCCGAUGAUGACAACACAUACAGCCUGCGGGUCUUCGACGAGAUGCGCUGGACGAAACGCGUCUCGGUCUGGCCGGUGGGCCUCGUCGGUGGCCUGCGCUUCGAGAGGCCGCUGGUGGAGGGCGGGAAGGUGGUGGGCUUCCACACGGCUUGGAAGCCCAGCCGCCCCUUCCCCAUGGACAUGGCCGGCUUUGCCGUCUCCCUGCAGCUGCUGCUGGCCAACCGGGAGGCCAAGUUCGACGCGCGGGCCGAGCGGGGAUACCUGGAGAGCAGCCUGCUGCAGUCGCUGGUCUCCAUAGAGGAGCUGGAGCCCAUGGCCGACGACUGCAGCACAGUCCUGGUGUGGCACACGCGCACAGAGAAGCCCAAGAUGAAGCAAGAGGAAGCCCCUGCUGAAGGAGGGCAGGGGAUCGGACGUCCGGAUCGAGGUGUGAGGGGCGCGGACCCCGGCUUGUAGCCCGCCGGGGGGGAGCGAGGAUGGAUACUGACAUUGGCCUCUGUAGACAGGGCAACUGCAGAAGCAGAAGCCCCUUCACCGUGUCUCUCCCGCACAUUCCUGGACCCUACACCCUUCCCGCCCUCAGAAAGACUGGGAAUCUCCUUCCUUAAAGGGCCGGUGACAUUCGCUGACUGGAGUUGGGCUCUGGGAGACCUGCGACGGGGAACUCUGAGUGUCCGGCUCCCUGCAGACUGUUCGGAGCGCUGUGACCCUGCCGGUUAUUACUAAAGAAUUGGGUCAGAGGGAGCCUUGUACCCUGACCUGCCCUCCCCGCCGCUGGGUAGCAGGGUGCACAUGUCCUUUAGUUCCUCAGUGCUGGUUACAACGAUACUUUUCAAUAGGUUUGUUUGCUUGCUGGAGGGGUUGGUGUGAGGUUCUCAGCUAGAUUGGGCAGUACCCACUGCCCCCCCAGCUCCAGAGACCCAGGUUCGAUCCCAACCUCCGGCACUGUCUGUGCGUGGAGUUGGCACGUUCUCCCUGUGACUGUGUGGGUUUCUCUCCCCCCAACCCCCUGGUGCUCCAGGUUCCCUCCACGUCCUAACGAUGUGCGGGGUCGGUGGGUUAAGUGGCCGCUGUGAGCCUGCUGGUUAUUACUAAAGAAUUGGGUCAGAGGGAGCCUUGUACCGUGACCUGCCCUCCCCGCCGCUGGGUAGCACAUGUCCUUUAGUGUGUGGGUGAGGGUGUUGAGAGAGAACAGGUGAAAGGGUGAGAGGA